GGCAGGUGGAUUCGCUGUCGCCCGAGAUCGUUGAGUACGCCAAUCGGUUUGUUUUCUUCACAAUAAGAAGGGCUUCAAACUACAAGUGUGAUAGACCAUAGCUUUCUUGACCCUUUGUGAGCCAACAAGAGAUUAUAGAAUAUAGAGGGAGCUAAAUUGAUUUGAUGAGGUCAUGGCUCUAGCUGUGGUCAGUUUAAAGUGGGUUCAUCGUGAAAUACAUGGGAAACCACCAUCACCAAGACAAGGACAUAGUGCGUGUAUCAUAGGAGACGUAGCUUAUAUCUUCGGCGGUAUCAGAUCGGUGGACUGGCCUAAGAAAGGAACAUAUUUUUUCAGAGAUCUGUUUCAGCUUCAUUUAUACAAGCGUAUGCAAUGGGAGAAGGUAAAACAGAAAGGAGAGAUCCCCCAAGGGAGAUAUGGACAUCACAUGUGUGUGAUUGGUCAUAAAAUCUACCUGUUUGGAGGAAAGCAUGAGCUGCAUGCUGAUAGGUGCCUCCCAGGGCUUCAUGUAUUUGAUACAGAAAAGAAAACAUGGUCUCAGCCCCAGACCAGCGGUACUGAGCCAGUUGCUCAUGGCAGCACCUCCUCGGUGAUAGGGAAUAGAAUCUAUAUCUACGGUGGCUUGGUGGACGGCCAAGCAGUGGAUGAUCUGCAUUGCUUUGACUCGGAGAAUCAGUGGUGGGUUAAACUCACUAUCCAAGGAGUGCCACCAUCACCGAGAUGUGAUUGUGCAAGCACCGCUGUAGGACAUGAAAUGUUUGUGUUUGGAGGAACCGCUGGGACAGACCAAUGGUUUAAUGACAUCCAUGUCUUCAAUGCAAAGAAACUUUUGUGGAAGGUGCUGAACAAAACGGAUGGAGAACCACCCACACCAAGAGGCAGUCACUGUUUCCUGGCUCAUACUGACAAGGACAUAUAUGUCUUUGGUGGAUCGAAUGAUUCCAAUUCCACACACCCCACCCUUGGUGAUUUGUACAAGUUUAGCCUGGACAAGCGUAAAUGGAAGCGUCCAUUCUUUGGAGGAUGUCCACCCGCGAAGAGGUCUGGUCAUGCAGCCAUCAUACACAGAAGCAAGUUGAUUAUAAUCGGAGGAAGCAAUGAAGAUACAGACUUCAAUGACGUCCACAUCGCCAAACUCAUCAACCCAUCAAAAAGACAACCAUUGAAAGUACCGGCUGGUGACAUGCAUGCCUUCCUCAACAACAUCAACAGCUCUGACCCUCGACCCAUGGUCGUGGACGGAGAGGACGCAGAUGCACACUUUCACGAGAAGGAGGAGGAUGCAGCUGAACCCGACUCAAAGGAGGCGGAGGGGUCAGAGGUCGAUCAGAGGAAUGAUCAGCAGAUGGGAUCACAAGCUUCUCCUGGGUCACGGGAAGGCAGCGUGGCAGGAUCAGAUGCAGAUAUGAAAGAAAGUCAAGGGAGAUCUGUCCACUUUGAAGAUGAAACAGAUGGAAAACAGGAUGCAGCUUCAUUAUCCUCAUCGGCGGGCUCGUUAGCCUCCUCGGCAGGGUCACUGUCAUCAUCAGCAUCCGCGUCAUCAGGUUCAUCUGGGGGGUCAUCAUCAUCAUCAAGCAGCAGGGGCUCUGAUGGACCAGGAAGCAGCAACAACAACAACAGCAAUAAUAACAACGCUGUUGCGGAUGUCAGGAGUGGAGUGAAGAAAAGUGUCAGGGGUAGCAUUGUCCAACAGGGUAUGGCAAAGAAUUCAGGUGGUGGCUCAGAACAUGCUAUCAUAAGCAAGUCCGAUGAAGGUGAGAAGAAAGGGAAGGCAGAUGCAGACGAUGAAAGAAGAAGUCAGGUGGUAUCACAGGAUAACCAGGUUGAAGAUGAAUCCAUCCAACGCAUUCAGUCCGGAAAGCCACAGCUCGCUCCCAUUGCCAACAUUGAAACCGUGGCGCCUGUUAAGAAGCAGGGUAAGAAAGCUGGAUCGAAAAAGAAGAAACCCAAGAAAGAGAAAGGUGAUGGGAGACCGGUGGAUGAAACCCAGCAUCCUGUUCCAGGAGAGUACAGACCCUACCCACCCAUGGACAGCCAUCUUCAGAGGGUUCCAGAGGAAGUAGCAUGGAAUCACCACCCUGAGGAUUGGAGAACCCUGAACUCUAUCGCCCAUCAACCACAGGAGCAGGCAGAGUCGGAUGAAGAAAGUGAGGGUGGAAGUGAGAGUGAAAAUGAAAGCGGGAGCGGAAGUGGAAGUGACAGCAGCAGUGAGGAGGAUAGUGAUGGAGAUGAUGAUGAUGAUGAUGAUGAUGAUGAUGAUGACAAUGAGGGCGGGGCUCCUGAAGCUCAGAAUAUGAAUAGGUACGAUAAGACACAGUCCAAUCAACCUGAUUCUCAAGAAAGACAAGGCGAGAGUAGUAAGGAUGAAGCUGAGAGUGAGGAUGAUGAUGGUAGUGGUAGUGGUAGUGAUGAUGAUGAAGAAGAAUCAGGCAGUGAUACCGGAAGUGAAAGUGAGUCUGGAAGUGGCUCUGAAGAUGAAAGUGAAUCUGAAGAGGACUGAAAUGCAUUGGGCGGAAGGUAUUUCAUUCAUUAAUGCUGACAUUGCUAUUUCAAUUUUUAACUAAGAAUGUUCUAAAGAAUGGUUCCUUACCUUGAAUCUCUCUGUUUCUGAAUUUUUAUCUGGGUAUUAUGCAAAAAGAAGUACUUUCCAUGGUAAAUUUGUUUAUUACUGUUCAUUAUGUAAAUAAAAAAAUGUGUUGAUAUAUGUAUGUGCAUUUAAUCUGCCUGUGAUUUGCAUCAAUGAAGUAAAAGACUGAAUGUUUAUUGUGGGAGCAAUUAUAUACUCACAAAUAAAACGCAACCAUAUUAUGGUUAAUUUAGUUAUUCUGGUUCAGUAUGUAACUCAUGGUUGGUUUCAUAUCGAUAUUGAUAUUUUGUUGGAAAAUGUAAUAUAUGUGUUGAAAAUAUUUGUGCGUUGGAUCUGCCUGUCAUAGACAUAUCUGUAUGUAAUUGAUUUUUGAUGUGGUUGUAUACAAGAAAUAUUUAUAGAUUCAUUAUCACGAACCGUGAUUUUAUUCUGUUUUAUCUUUUGGCGUGUAUCAUGAACUUUUGCUUUUAAUCAACACAACCAUUGCAAUCUAUGGUCUAGUAUUUCUAUUCCAUUGUAUUACAUUCUAUGAUUAUUUCCUUAAGCCUUUUCCGUUUCGUUGUUUGGUUGGUUUUUUUGUUAAAUGUCUUGCUACAGGGUGUCUCAAGAAAAGGGAAGAAAAUAUCUUGAUGAGAACGAUCUGCCAAGUGGUUUCAUAAACAUUUAUUCCAUCCAUUUAUAUAUAUAAUUGUGGGAUUUAUUUGUACUCCAUUGCAGGCCUAGUCAUUUAAAAUGAAUCAGAUAUUAUUUCAUGUGAGUUGUUUAGAGGUCUUACAUAGCACUCUCAUUUAGCACAAUCCUUCUUCUGCAAUUGUAGUAAUUUGACUGUUUGGUAUUACUCCACUUAAUUAUUUAAUCUUUUCAACACUUCGUAUUAUGCAGUAUUAUAUUAAUGUUUAUACAUGUUAAAAAGACAUUUGGAAAAACUGGAAUUACAAUGUUCGGUUCCUAUUUUGUUUCUUUGAUCAUGCUAAUGACAUGGUUUGAUUGUGGUAUCCUUGUUUGAUUUUAAGCAGGGCUGCAAUACUUGUAGCUACUUGCGCCCUCUAUAAUAGCCAGCAAUGCCUAAGCGGUACCCGUUGGUUCCUAUUGGCCCCUGCCAGUGACCACGCAGGGGGGUUUAAUCCCCCCUGGCCAAACUAGUGCAGUAUAGACUUUAAUGCAUACUGUACUAGACGUUCUACCGCAAAAUCCACGCUAGCGCCAUCUCAGCUCAACUGUGGUUCUCGCAUCGCAUACUCGAAAGAAGAGAAUUUGCCAAAACGAGGCGAGAGAGACGCAAUACGAUGCUCUUGCUGGUGUUCAUUAUAUAUCAUAAGUUCGUGGGUGAUUAAAAGUGUGCACAGCACUUAUCACAAACAAGAUAUAUCACUAACGUUUUUGCUUGCAAAAUGUUUAUUUUCAUCAUUUAAGUUUACUUGAAAGAAAAGAAUUUGCCAAAACGAAAUAACAAUGAGCUUAUCUAUUUUUCUACAUCAUUUCCCUUCUUGAUAGGGACAUCAAAUAUAAACCCUAAUGCUAUAUUGUUUCCCUAUAAUGCUUUGCAAUGAAAACUUCAAUACUUUUUUUCCAUUGUUGUCACCUAUCAUAGGAUAUAGCUUUUUAUGACUAUAAAGCGAUGCUACAUUUCCAGACUUGUAAUGUAUACAUGUUGUUUUAAAAGCAAUAAACGCCCUGUUGUUGGGAAAAGAAAGGGA